AUGCAUCUCCCCACCCGCAAGCGCGACUGCGCGUAUCUAAUCUUCUUCGCCACGCACAUUCCCAUCAUCUUCCUCGUCGACACCGUCCCCCUGCAACCGAGCUCCCUAGUCUCCAACUUAUCCCUGUCCCUCCGCGACUUUUACAUAACCACCUACCGGGAUAAAUUCUUCUCCGAUCCCCCCACCUGGUUCACGGCCUUUAUAUGGAUGGAACUCCUCUACCAUGUGCCAUUGAGCCUGUGGGCCGUGUGGGGUUUAUUGUGCGAGCAUCCAUUGGUUCCUGUGCACCUUCUCAUUUUCGGGGUACAGGCCUUUGUCACCUCCCUGACGUGCCUGGUGGAAGUCUGGAAUUGGCCGGACCGCUCCGUCGCCGAGAAGCAGCAGAUCACCUCACUCUACGGCCCUUACGUAGCUCUGGGUGCAUUCAUGGCCCUGGAUAUGGUCGUCCGUCUACGAAGCCAGCUGCUCCCGAAAUCCAAGCGCGAGUAA